GCCGCCACAAGUGCCGCGAGACCUGGCCGACGGGAGGGCUCGAGCAAGGCUACAACGUGUUCCUCGUCAUCGUCCUCCUGGUGAUCCCGCUGGUGCUGAUGCUGGCCGCCUACUGCAGGAUCUCGAGGGUCCUGUGGAGAGACAUCCGGGAGGAGGGGAUGCCGCAGGGGGUCGUAGGUAAGGCAGGAAGCAAUGGCGGGAGUCCGAGUGCUGCGAGAUGGAGGAGGAGACGGGCCCACCUCCCCCCUCCCCCGCCGAGCACCACGCCCUCCCCCAACAUCUCCACCAACACAGCCACCACCUCCAACAGCUCCCCUGGCGGAGGGAGCAGCGGCAGCGCCAGCAGUCAGGUAAGACGCAAGGCGCUCCUGCUGCGGACGUCGAGAUUCUACCGCCCGUCCAAGCAGGCGUCCUACAGCACCACUCCCGCAGGAAGCUCUCCGCAGCCGCCGCGUUGCUCCGUCACCACCAGCAUCCUGCGCAAGACGCACCCCGAGAUCUCGCUGAGGAACAAGAAGCGCGUGAUCCACAUGCUGGCGGUGGUGGUGGUGGAGUUCUUCGUGUGCUGGACGCCCCUCUACGUCGUCAACACUCUGGCCUAUUGGUUUCCUCAGCACGUGUACCACUGGCUGGGGAUGGACGGCGUGGUGGUCAUACAGCUGCUGGCGUACUGCUCCUGCUGCUGCAACCCGCUCACCUACUGCUUCAUGAACCAUUCCUUCAGGAGGGCCUUCCUCAACGCCGUCGGCUGCGGGAAGGCCUCCCGCCGGAGCAACACCUGUGACGACGCCAGGUUCAUCUCCAGGAAGAGCUAA